AUGUUUCUCAUCUUCUCGAUUCUCCUUAUCUCUUCUUUCUCCAUUUUGAUCUUAUUUCUCUUGAAACCGCUUUCGUCUUCUUCACAACCCCACAAAAACUUACCACCAUCUCCACCAAGGUUGCCAUUGAUAGGAAACCUGCAUCAACUUGGGUCCAUCCCACACCGUGCCCUCCACGCCAUGGCACAAAGUUACGGCCAACUCAAGUUGCUUCACCUCGGCACCGUACCAGUACUCGUAGCCUCUUCUGCCGACGUAGCUCGAGAGAUCAUGAAAACCCAUGACCUAAUCUUUUCAAACAGACCAAAAAAAAACAUCAUCAACAGACUUACUUAUGGCUCCAAAGACAUAGCUUUCUCUCAAUAUGGAGAUUAUUGGAGGCAAGCCAAGAGUAUUGCAGUCCUCCAUAUCUUAACCAACAAAAGGGUUCGAUCAUACCGACAAGUUCGAAACGACGAGACAUCGUUGUUGAUCGCAAAGAUUCAAGAAACCCAUGAACCUGUGGUUAAUUUGAGUGAAUUGCUGAUUUCUCUUACGAAUAAUAUCAUCUGUAGGGUGGCUUUGGGGAGGACAUAUGAUGGGAAGAAGUUCAAGAACUUGUUAGAAAGGUUUKUGGAGCUACUGGGAAGCUUUAGCAUCGGGAGUUAUAUUCCGUUUUUGACGUGGGUGGAUAGGUUGAGYGGAUUAGAACGACGAGCUGAUGACGUUGCUGAAGAAUUCGAUGAGUUUCUUGAGGGUGUUAUUGAUGAACAUAUCAACAAGACACUGGUUGAUAUCCAUGGCCAAGAUAUUGUUGAUAUCUUAUUAGAAAUUCAAAGAGAUAACACCAUGGCCUUUCAUCUUGAAACCGACGAGAUCAAGGCCAUCAUUAUGGAUAUAUUUGCUGCUGGAACUGAUACUACGUUCACGAACCUCGAGUGGGCGAUCAGCGAGCUAUUAAGACACCCACAAGCAAUGAAAAGGUUACAACAAGAAGCAUGUGAAAUAGGGCAGGGAAGAUCAAUGAUCAGUGAAGAUGACWUAGACAAGAUGCCAUACCUAAGAGCCAUCCUCAAAGAAACCCUACGACUGCACCCUCCACUCCCCCUGCUCGUUCCUCGUGAAUCUACACAAGACGUCAAACUACUUGGCUACGAUAUAACAGCAGGCACACAAGUGAUCAUCAAUGCAUGGGCAAUAGGAAGAGAUGGUUCGACAUGGGUGGAACCCAAUGAGUUCAUGCCAGAAAGGUUCUUGAACAGUCCUGUUGAUUACAAAGGGUUUCAUUUUGAGUUGAUACCGUUUGGUGCUGGGAGACGUGGGUGUCCUGGCAUUCAGUUCGCCAUGGUGGUUAACGAGCUUGUUUUGGCUAAUUUGGUAUACAAGUUUGAUUUGGAGGUGGCUGAAGGAAAGGAUUUGGAUAUGAGUGAGACCAUUGGUCUUACUGUUCAUAAGAAACAUCCUAUACUUGUUACAAGAACUCCUCAUUGCCAGUAA